UCGAAAACACGUGUUUGUUCUGUUUAUUAGUUUAUAGAAAUAACAAUUCUGUGAUUAAUUUUCAAUAAUAGUGCAAAAAUGUCGAUACCCGAUAAAGUGUUGCUUCGAAAAAUCAGGAAAAGGGAGAAAACUAAGUUGAUGUUUCUCAAGCAACGAGAAGAGAAGAAAAAGAAUGAAAUAGAACAAGACACAAAUAAUGAAAGCGCAAGACAAGCUGCAGAAGACAACAAAGUUGGAGUAAAGCGAAAACUAGGAGAUGGUGAGCGUGUUAAAAAGAAAAAGAAGGUAAAAAAGCUAAAGCCUAAAGAAGAAAAAGAAGAAGACGAGUCUCCUACAGAGGAGAAGGAAGUCCUUACAGAAUAUGAGGAAAUGGUAAAAGAAGAGGAGAACGCUUCAGAAGAUGAUGAGGCUUCUGAAGAAAAAACGGACAAAGACGAAAAUACAAAUUUACCGGGGUGCUCUGUUGGUCUCGAGGUCAUAAAAAAUCCAGCCUUUUCAUCUCUCACAGAUAAAAUAUGCGAAAGCACAUUAAAAGGAAUAAACGACAUGGGUUUUACGAAUAUGACAGAAAUACAAGCUCGUGCUAUUCCACCCUUGCUCGAAGGUAGGGAUCUCGUUGGAGCAGCCAAAACCGGAUCUGGAAAAACUCUAGCCUUCCUCAUACCUGCGAUAAAUCUGAUACAUGAAGUGAAGUUCAUGCCUAGAAAUGGAACUGGAUGUAUUAUAAUAUCUCCAACUCGUGAGUUGGCCAUGCAGACAUUUGGAGUUUUGAAAGAAUUAAUGAAGUAUCAUUAUCACACCUACGGUUUAUUAAUAGGAGGCACAGAUCGAAAAACAGAAGCUCAAAAACUUGCGAAAGGACUUAAUAUUAUUGUUGUAACUCCUGGAAGAUUGUUGGAUCAUCUUCAAAAUACCCCAGGCUUUAUAUACAAGAAUUUACAGUGUUUAAUUAUAGACGAAGCUGAUCGUAUUCUCGACAUUGGAUUCGAAGAAGAAAUGAAGCAAAUCAUCAAUCUUUUGCCGAAAAAAAGACUUACAAUGAUGUUCAGUGCAACUCAGACAAAAAAGACAGAAGCGCUAACUAGUUUGGCAUUAAAAUCAGAGCCAAUUUACGUCGGUGUGGAUGAUGAAAAGAAUGAAGCAACUGUUGAUGGUUUGGAACAAGGAUACGUAAUGGCUCCGAGCGAUAAACGAUUUCUCCUUUUGUUUACCUUCCUUUGCAAGAACAAAAAUAAAAAAGUUAUGGUGUUCUUCAGUUCUUGUAUGUCUGUCAAAUAUCAUCACGAGCUAUUGAAUUAUAUCGAUUUACCAGUGCUGAGCAUACACGGAAAGCAAAAACAAACGAAGCGAACAACGACCUUUUUCCAAUUUUGCAAUGCCACUUCAGGCAUUCUUCUGUGUACAGACGUGGCUGCCAGAGGUCUCGAUAUUCCAGACGUGGAUUGGAUCGUACAGUAUGAUCCACCUGACGAUCCAAAGGAAUAUAUUCAUCGAGUCGGCAGAACAGCUCGGGGCGAAGGUAGUAGUGGUCACGCCUUAUUAAUUCUACGACCCGAAGAACUUGGUUUCCUUCGUUAUCUUAAACAAGCUCGAGUCCCCGUCAACGAGUUUGAAUUUUCCUGGAACAAAGUGAAAAAUAUUCAACUUCAGUUGGAGAAACUAGUUUCGAAGAACUACUACUUGAACAUGUCUGCGAAGGAAGCAUUCAAGGCUUAUGUGAGGGCAUAUGACUCACAUCAUCUCAAGCAGAUUUUUGACGUCGAGACUUUGGAUUUGACUGCUGUUGCGAAAUCGUUUGGGUUCACUGUUGCACCUGCAGUCGAUUUGAAAGUGGGAAUAAGUAAAAACGCACGGCCAAGAAAGAAGCUAGGAGGAGGUGGUUACGGAUAUUUUAAAAACACGAACAACCCUAGCGGAGAAAGAACAAUGCACCGAAAGAAAAUUUUCCAUCAAGGUGGCAAGAGAGAUGGUCGCCAAUUCGCUAGAUAAUUGUAAAUUAGCAUCCAAUUAUAGUUUUUGUUUUUAUUAGUACAAUAAAACCAUGUGUAAGUA